GUGCACGGCGCGGUGGGGGCGGGGCCGGGCCGGGCCGGGCGAUGCUGCAGCUGCUGGAGAAGCUGCCUCCGGGCCGGGCCCCUGAAUUCCUUCAUAAAAUAAUCGAUGGCAUCUGUGGCCGUGCCUACCCUCGGUACCAGCACUACAGCAGCGUUUGGAGCCUGCCGGAGUGGAUGGAUGUUUUAGAGGAAACAAGGACCUACUUCAAAACUGCAGUGGGCAAAAACAUAUCUGAUGAAGAGGCUGCUCAGCUGAUAAAGGAGCUGAAUUCAGACUGCCAAGAAGCAAUCACUAAAUGUCUGAAAGGCAGAAAGGAAGAAAUCAGGAACGCACUGGUGGAAAGAGUGAAUGCAAUCUCAUCUGCUCAGCUGCAGGACUUUGACUGGCAGUUAAAGCUUGCUCUCUCCAGUGACAAGAUCUCCAUGCUGCAAAUGCCACUUCUCAAUCUCGACUUGGAUGUGAGAGAAAAUGGGGAAAUCAAACCAAUUUCCAUUGAGAUGAAUAAAGAAGAGCUGCAGAACCUCAUCAAUGCCCUGGAAGCCGCCAAUAAGGUUGUUUUGCAACUGAAGUGAUGGAAUUCAGGUGAUGGACAGGAAAUGCUGGUGAUGACUCCCCAGCUGGCUUGAACAGAAAACAGCC